CGAGGCUUCAGAUUAAAAUUAGCAGUUUCUUGACUGAUACAGUCUUCACAUUAUGAUGACCAAAUUCAUUUUUCUAGCUGGUGUUUCCCUGGCUUUGUUUCACUUUGGAUGGGCCUCUCAGCUGGCAUGCUACUACACAAACUGGUCUCAGUACAGACCUGGCAAUGUCAAAUACAUGCCAGAAAAUGUGGAUCCAUAUCUGUGCACUCAUUUAAUUUAUGCUUUUUCCAUUAUAAGUAACACAAACGAGCUGAGCACUUUUGAAUGGAAUGAUGAAUCUCUCUACAAAUCUUUCAAUGGACUAAAGGAAAAAAAUCCUGGCUUGAAAACUCUCUUGGCCGUAGGAGGAUGGAACUUUGGCACAGAACGGUUUAGUAUCGUGGUGUCUACAUCAGAAAACAGGCAGACGUUUAUUCAGUCCUCCAUCCCAUUUCUGAGGAGACAUGGCUUCGAUGGUCUGGAUCUGGACUGGGAGUAUCCAGGUUCCCGUGGGAGUCCCCCUGAAGACAAGCAAAGAUUCACUCUUCUCUGUAAGGAGCUCUUGGAAGCUUUCGAGGCAGAGAGCUCUGCCACCGGACGCCCCAGACUCAUGCUCACUGCUGCAGUGAGCGCUGGGAAAGGAACCAUUGAUGCUGGUUAUGAAAUUGCAGAAAUUGCCAAGUAUUUGGACUUCAUUAAUGUGAUGGCCUAUGACUUCCACGGAUCGUGGGAAAGUGUCACCGGUCACAGCAGUCCUCUGUACCAUGACUCUGGAAACCCAGGGGAUAAUUACACUACUGAUUUUGCAAUGACAUACUGGAGAGAUCAGGGAGCGCCUUUGGAGAAGCUGAGGAUGGGUUUUGCAGCAUACGGAAGAACCUUUCGCCUGUCUUCACUGGAUGGAGCCAGUGGAGCUGGAGCUUCAGCUAGUGGUCCUGCAUCAGCUGGAAUACACACCAGAGAGGCCGGAUUCUGGUCCUAUUAUGAGGUUUGUGCUUUUCUUCAAGGAACCUCAGUGAAAUGGAUUGACGAUCAGAAAGUUCCUUAUGCAACAAAAGAAUAUGAAUGGGUGGGAUUUGACAACAAGGAAAGCUUUCAGACUAAGGUGAACUACCUAAAAGAGAAGAGGUUUGGAGGAGCUUUCGUCUGGGCUCUGGAUCUUGAUGACUUUACAGGACAGUUCUGUGAGCAGGGCAAAUACCCUCUCAUCAGACAUCUCAGUACACUUCUUAAUAUAGAUUUCCCUCCUGUUUCUUCAAAUACAACACAUGAGCCUGAUGAGAACACAACAACAGCAUCCACUACUGUAGUAUCUCAUGCCACAAGACCUCACGUUGUCCCCACAGUCCUCUCAGACUUCUGCGUUGGCAAAACGGAUGGGAUAUACGUAAACCCAAAUGAGACUACUUCCUUCAUUCAGUGUUCUAAUAACAAGCUCCAUAAACAGAACUGUCCUGUUGGGACUGUCUUUAAUCCCAACUGCUCGUGCUGUGACUGGCCUAAGAAUUAACCUCAUGCUAUCACUGUUCUACUCCUGCGAGGGAAACGUAAAGAACUUUGGCAGUUUUUUGCUAUAUUGUUUUGUGACAGUAAUGGCAUAAUCAUUUCACACUUUACCUUUAUGUUUUUCUAUUUUUAAUAAACAGCUAUGAUAUAAUGCUACCUUCAUGAAAUAAUAACAACCUUCAUUUUGUUGUGACUUAAAAAGUAAGCACGGUCCAACAUGCCUAAUUAAAAAAACCUGAUAAGCA